GUCCAGAUGAUCAUGGAGGAGGACGAUGAAAAUAUAGAGAUCGACGUCCUCAGUGUUACGCCAGAGAAAAGUGGCGAUGCUAACACAAAAUUUAAUACAAAGGAUGUAUCACUAGUGACAACACAACUCAACUUUCAGGAGAAAUACAAUCGUAAUGAUUCCAAAUCCAAGGAUAAGAAAUCUUCAAUUUCUAAAAGCAGCAAAAAGGAAACCAAAUCUGAAUCUAAGUCAAGUGGUGGUAGUAGUAGUAGUCAGAGUAAACCGCCAAAAUAUAGUCGCUCUUCCUCUAAGGAAAAGUCCUCAAAGAAAAAUCGUGCUAUGAAACAUAAUGAAGACAAAGACGUGAAGGAACAUAAGGUGAACGAGGCACCAGCCCCGCCACCCAUCGCUGUGGUAGCACCCAUGAAACCAUAUGAAAAAAUGAAUAAUAGCAAUACAACUUUUGACAAGAAUAGUAUGAAUGAGAUUUUAGAGGAGUUCGGGAGAGGUGAUACACUGCUGUCUCCUUUACCAACUGUGCCAGAAAAACCUAAGAUAGUCCCAUCUCCGGAGAAGGAAAAGGAGAAAUCAAAGAUUCUGGAUGCACUUUCCUAUAAGGAUGGCCGGCCUAGUAUUGUCGUAAGGCUAGAUUGGGCAUUAGUGAGCCACUUUAUAGAAGCAAGGAAAAAAUCGGACAGUGUUGGUAAGAGAAAGCCUAGCUCAGAUAUACCCAUCAGUAGUAGUGAAUCAAGAAAACCUCGCUUAGAUUCAGAGAGUGAUAUAAAUAAGGAAUUGAUUGAUGACGAGAUGAUUCUUGGUACACCGGAGAGUAAAAUGGACUCUUCCUUCUCCUCACAUCAGUCCUCUAACAGUGUUGCAAACAGUCACCGUAAACCUCACAAAAAACGCAAGUCGGAGGCAGACCACGGGGAUGUGUUAGCAGGUAGCAGCAAACGUCAAAAAGGCAGCAGCCAUAGGUCUAGUCACCACAAAAAGACUAAUCAGGACUCCAGUCAAAAGGAGAGGAGAAGUCACACGGACGAUCAUGAAUGGGACAGGAAACAUCCAACCAGGUCAAGAUCAAAUAGCGGGGAAUGUCGCUCUAGUGAAUCUAGUCAUAAUGCCAAUACCAAUAUCUCACACCGAAAGUCUCAGCCAGUCGAGGAUGCUAGCAAGUCGGACUUUGAUGACAAGGAGGAUCAGAUGAGUGUGCCCCCUGGUGGUGAGGGACAGCUGUCGUCUGUGGAAACCUUGUACACCAUCAACCGUGAAGGUGAUGGAGACGUGCCUACUCAUCCACGACGCCUUGAAGAUAGCAGGUUGGAUCCAGCAGAUGUGUACCUCAGCAGAGCCAAGGAACUCAAACAUGAUGCUGACAAUCUGACAGAUAAGCUGGCUAAAUCUCUCAUGUAUACGGAGGCAGUGCUGUCCUUUAUCCAGUGUGGCUAUGCCAUGGAACAUGACCGUUUGUCGGAUGUGUUCAGAAUGUACCGCGACACCUUUAAACUCAUCACGCAUAUAUGUAGGUUUAGAAGCACCAACGACAACUCCAUGUCAGAAAAAGAGAAAAAACUAGCAGUAUUAAGUUUUAGAAUCCAGUCAUUGUUAUGCCAAAAGUUAUUCAAGUUAAAAAAGUCAGAAGCGCUCAAAUUCAAAAGGGUCAUAGAAGAACACAAUAAGGUGGCAUCCAAACCACCACCAGCACCCUCACAUGCUCCAUCUCCCCAUCAGACCAGCUGGCCACGCACCACUGGCACACCUUCACCUAUGUCCCCCACUCCAUCACCUUCUGGUAGUGUUGGCUCGAAUGGUUCUCUGGGUAGCUGCAAUGAAGUAACACCCUCCAAGCUAGGCGGAGGAGUCGUGGCCCUUAAUGCCAUGUCAUCCCCGGGUAGUGUGAGUGUGCCCCACCGCAUACAUUCCAUAACCCAGGAGUACCUUGGUACCGUCAACUACUUGGUAAUGGGCCAGGACUUCUGGGACCAGGCCGAUGCAGCCAUGCACGAGUUCAAGGAUUGGUUUGCUGAAUUGGAUGAGCAGUGUGGAACCCUAACCCUGAACAGCAGUAUAGCAGAUCUUGUGUUGUAUGUGCAGACAGGUCUCCAACGACUCAAAGAUAGGCUCAAAGACACAUGA